AUGCUUUACCGUUUAACAUGCAUAAAUCUUGCCAGCUAUGAAGUUGAGAGCCAUGAAAUAUUUCCAUGUUUCCUCCUUGACGUCAUGGUAUGUACAAUAAGAUUGCCUUUGCUUCUUCUGCUUUUUUUGACUCCAUCUCUAAGAAAGCUAUAUAAUAUAAUGCUGCUUAUACAUAAACUGGAAAAUAGAAAAGGUUGA